AUGACGGUUUCGAAGAACCAGAUCCCCGCCAUCUACGAACGGGCAAUCAAAAAGUACCAGGAGAUCACCGACGAGCCGUUUGACGUGCAAUUUCUUGCCAAGAUUCAAAAUGUCGAGGAUCUAACCAAAGAAAUCGACGCAAGGAACAAUAGCUUCCGUGAAUUUCGUGAGAAGAGGGGCGCAAUUUUCGAGGUUCUCAACGCCGCAAUGAUCCCGGUGCAGUUGUUCGGCAAUUUGGCAGCUGGCGGUGCCUCCAUGGUCUUCCCGCCGAGUAGCCUUGUCUUUGGGGCCGUCACCUACUUAAUGGGUGCUGCGAAGGGGGUGUCUACCUCCUACGAUGCGAUCCAAGAUUUGAUGGGUACACUGAAGGUGACUAGGGGAUCCACCGAUAAUUGA